GCAUCAUCAAUUGAAGAAUUAUCAGUAGUAGUAAUCUUUGAGCUUGCUCUUUCAUACCAUUAUGGCUUUGAUUCCUCGUUUCUUUGGAAACCCAAGUGUUUUUGACCCAUUUCCUCGUGAAAUAUGGGACCCGCUCUUCGGCUCUGGUGAGGCAUCAUCCUUGCCCAAUUUGCAGAUUGAUUGGAAGGAGACGCCUGAGGCUCAUGUCUUCAAGGCAGACCUUCCUGGGCUGAAGAAAGAGGAGGUGAAAGUGGAGGUUGAAGAAGGGAGAGUGCUGAAGAUAAGUGGGGAGAGAAGCAUGGAGAAGGAGGACAAGAAUGAUAAGUGGCACCGCGUAGAGCGGAGCCAUGGCAAGUUCCUGAGGAGUUUCAGGUUGCCGGAAAAUGCUAAGGUGGAUGCUGUGAAGGCUGCAAUGGAGAAUGGUGUUCUUACUGUUACUGUUCCUAAGAAGGAAGUGAAAAAACCUGAGGUCAAGUCCAUUGAGAUCAGCGGUUGAGAAAUUGAGACCAUCAUAUCAUAUAUCAGCGUGUUUUCUUGAUGUUGAGUGCUUUGUUUUCAUUUUCUUUUAAUGGGCCUUCUGGCUUUUUCUUUCCUUUUAUGUAAGGAUGAUGAGUCUUUGUCUGUCCUAUCUAUGAAGAAUAAAGAAUGAGCACAUUUCUACUCGUUUCCA